AUGAAGUUCUACUGCUUUUAUGUGGAGCUCUUCCAUGUUGCAUCCGAGGCUUCGUUUUGGCUAAAAGCCGAAGAGUUGACAGGUGACGGUGGAGUUAUCUUAAACCACGUGCAUAUACAAGAGAAUGUGGUUUGGAUUCCAUCGUUAUGGAGGAUACAAGGCCGAAUUACGAAGUACGAGUUUAUGGAGUCGAGCCGACUGAGAGCCGGAAAGGCCCUUUCUCAUGCUCCAGCUGGGAAUAACCAUUCAUGCGGAGCGACUCUUGCAACUCUUCGUGCCGCUGGGUGCAGGGAUGAGCUUCUCUCCCCAUAUGCGGGCCUUCCAAGUUAG